UCGGUAACCUAGUCGUUACUGAACCAAAACCCAAACUGAACUCAAAAACUCGACAUAUCCAAAAUUCUCUCUUCUUCAUCGGCGAUUCAUCUUCGUUUCACUUCAGCCAUGGCUUCUCACACCACUAAUCUCUGGGUUUUACUUGGCCUCGGACUCGCCGGAAUUCUCCUCGUCACAAGAAAGCUCAAAAAGAACAUUAAAGAAGACUUCGGAGCCUUCGUUGAGAAGCUUCAGCUUCUCCCUCCGCCUCAGCCUGCUCCUCCCAAGGCUCCUCAUCCUCUCACUUCUCUCACCUUCGCCUUCUCCGACGUAUUUGAUAUCGAGGGUUAUGUGACCGGUUUCGGCCAUCCUCAGUGGGCGACUACAAGGGGUGCAGCUUCUAGAACGGCGACGGUGGUUUCGACUCUUGUGGAAGGAGGUGCCACUUGCGUUGGUAAAACGGUGGUGGAUGAACUGGCUUAUAGUAUCAAUGGAGUGAACAAGUAUUAUGGGACACCAACUAAUCCUGCCGCACAUGCUCGAGUACCUGGUGGAUCAUGUAGUGGGGCUGCUGUGGCUGUGGCAGCUAAUCUUGUUGACUUCUCUUUGGGUAUCGAUACUGUUGGUGGUGUGAGAGUUCCUGCCUCAUUUUGUGGAAUUAUCGGGUUUCGAUCUUCUCAUGGGGCUGUUUCUCACGUGGGAACGAUGCCUGUUUCAAAAAGCCUCGACACUAUUGGAUGGUUUGCUAGGGAUCCUAAUAUUCUUCGCCGUGUUGGCCAUGUGCUGCUGCAGCUUCCUUAUGGAAUUCAACGUAGUCCCAGGCAAAUUAUCAUAGCUGAUGAUUGUUUUGAACUGCCAAAAAUUCCUGUGGACAGGAUAGUUCAGGUGGUAACCAAGUCAACUGAGAAGCUUUUCGGAAGACAAGUGUUGAAACAUGAAAAUCUUGGGCAGUAUUUAUCUUCUAACGUUCCAAGCUUGAAAUUGUUUCAUAAAACAAAUGGUGAAGUUAAAACUUCUUCAAUAAGGGUGCUUGCGAACAUUAUGCGGUUUAUUCAAAGACACGAGUUCAAAUAUAAUCAUGAGGAAUGGAUUAACUCAGAAAAGCCUACUCUAGAUCCUGCCAUCUCAGCACAAAUAUCUGACAUGCUGGAAACAUCGGACACAGAGAUAGAAAACUGCAAAUCUGUUAGGAACGAAAUGCGUUUUGCUAUUAAUUCUCUUUUGCAGGAUGAUAGAAUACUUGUGAUCCCAACCACUGCUUAUCCUCCUCCAAAACUUGGUGGGAAAGAGUUACUAUCAGAGGAUUAUCAGAACUCUGCAUUCAGUCUACUGAGUAUUGCGAGUUUAUCAGGUUGCUGUCAGGUCACUGUGCCACUUGGAUACCAUGACAACUGUCCUAUUUCAGUUUCCUUUCUUGCCAAGCAUGGGGGUGAUCGCUUUUUGCUGGAUACUCUGCAGAAUAUGUUCAAGUCUCUACAAGAGCAGGUUGAUGUUGUAGCUACAUCCAAAUCUUCAAGUAAUGCUAUCAGCAAGGAACAAUCUGCAGAGAUUGCUAAAGAAAAGGGCAACCAAGCAUAUAAAGAAAAACAAUGGCAGAAGGCUAUUGGCUUUUAUACAGAAGCUAUCAAACUUAAUGGAAAUAAUGCAACGUAUUACAGUAACAGAUCUGCAGCAUAUCUUGAGCUGGGGAGUUUCCUUCAAGCUGAAGCAGAUUGUACGAACGCUAUAAAGCUUGACAAAAAGUAUGUGAAAGCUUAUUUGCGAAGAGGCACAGCGAGAGAGAUGCUUGGCUAUUAUAAGGAGGCAAUUGAAGAUUUUCAAUAUGCACUGGUGUUGGAGCCAACCAAUAAAAGAGCCUCCGUUUCUGCUGAUAGAUUAAGGAAGGUAUUCAUGUAGAGUCACGGGAAGAUUGAUGGAAUAUUUUGGGAGGGUUGGGCAUAUCACAGAACUGAUUCUCAUUCUGCAAACUCGACCAUUCUGUCUUUGAAGGACGGGUAAGACGACAUUAAGCCACCAUACAUCUCGAUUGGAUCCACAGAAGAGAAUUCUUUGCGUCGUUCUUUGUUAUAAGAAGAAGAAUCUAUUCGGUGAGAUUUAUGUUAUAACGAUUUGUAAGUAUAGUCCAAUUUUGUUUCGGUGCUUUCUUGCUUCGGAUAAUAAUAUAUACAUUCUGCUUGUAGUUUUUAUCUUCGAUGAGAAGUUUUCUCCGCGUUAUUGUAAGAGUAGUAUGAUAGUUUAUCCUGGUUAGCAUCUUUGUACUUACGAAAAUUUGAAAUUUUAAAGAUUAUUCACAGUUUAUGGUUGAUAGUAUAUGUAUACAGGUCUCCCUUACUUU